GGGGACUAUAGAAAACAAGGUGGAGUAUACAGGAUAAUAGAAAACUCAGUCGUCCUUCCUACCUUCAUUGUACAGGGGCACUCAUAGAAUCCCAACAGCAUGGGCAAGGGUCAGAAUGAGGGAGGUUUCUCCCAGGAACAGCUUGACAUGUACAAGGACUGCUUCAAGCUUAUGGACAUCAACAAGGAUGGAACCAUUGACAAAAAUGAUCUCCGAGGAGCUUUUGACAACGUCGGUGUCCUCAUGACAGAAUCAGAACUUGACGGCUUGCUGGGAGAGAUUGGAGGAGCUUGCACCUAUGACAACAUGGUCAAGAUGUUCCAGGAGAAGAUGGCUGGAGACGGUAACGACUCUGAUGAUCUUAUCAUCCAGGCCUUCAAGGCUUAUGAUGUUGAAGGUAAGAUUGAUGUCAAGAUGUUCCAACAUGCUCUCAAGACCUGGGGAGAUAAGAUGACUCAGGCUGAGAUUGAUGAUGUCUUCGGUGAGUUUGAUAUUGAUGAGGACUACAUGGUUAAGAGCAAAGAGGUUCUUGGACUCUUUGUUGCACAGAAGGAGGAGGAGAAGAAGGAGGAGGAGAAGGCACCUGAACCUGAAGCAGCCCCUGAGGAAGAAGAUGAGGGAGAUGCCAAGAAGAAGAAGAAGAAGAAGAAGAAGGCUGCCAAGUAAAUAUUUAAACUGCAACAAUUCUUCGUAUGUGGAUAAUCCUGUCAUCUCAAAUCAAUGCUUAAUGGAACUUUUUGAAUAAAUUUUAAAAAUAUAGA